GAAGAUGGACCAGAUGCCCAACAGACAUGUGUUUCCAGGAGAAUGGUCUACCAGCACACAUUGGUUUUCGAAUUUGUGCAAUAAGAGAAACAUUUGAAGAAAGUGGUGUUCUCUUAGUUAGAUCUUUAGUUAAAGAUAACAAUACUAAAGACAUGACAUGUCUAGUUAGUCGCAUAUUAAGUCCUAACGAAAUCAUUUCAUGGAGAAAAAAAAUUCAUAACGACCCUUCAGUAUUUAUGGAUUUUUGCAGGAAGAUUAAAUGCGUACCAGACAUUUGGUCACUACAUGAAUGGUCAAACUGGGUGACACCAGCUUACUAUAAGUUUAGAAGAUUUACAACCAUGUUUUAUGUGACAUUUCUUGACAAUGAACCAGACAUAAGCGAUGAUGGAAAUGAAGUUACCAGUUGUAUUUGGAUAAAUCCUGCAAUUUCAAGAGAUCUUGCUUCAUUUCACCAAUCAACAAUUGCUCCUCCACAGUAUUAUGAACUUUCACGUUUGUGCAGAUUUCCUGAAAUGGAUGACCUAAAAAAACUUGUCAUGACUGUGGAUGGUGUUGAAGUUACAGAAAUGGUGGCUGUUGUAAGCAGUUCUGGAGAUAAAAUUAAUUUUUUCCCAGGAGAUGAAUUGUAUGAGAAAAUGAAAAUGGAUACAUAUAAGCAUUAUGCUGAGGUUGUGAGAAGCAAUGCAUCAGAAGAAGAGAACAGAAAGAGCUUUCCUUUAUUGAAAAUAACACAAAGCACAAAGGAUUUAUUUCACACACCUGCAGGGAAAACAAACCGAUGGGUGUUUAACAUGGAGAAAGGAAAAUAUCAUUUUAGGUGCAACACAAAAUUAAAAUAUAACAUGCCUGUACCAGAGACAUUGUUCAAGAAUGCUCAUUUAUGAUGGCCAAUCUUAUUAAAUGUAUUCAUGUUUUUAA